GGGGGGUCCCGCAGGGGUUGGUGAGGCGGGGGUGGUACCAUGGGGUUGUGGGGGUCACUGCUGCCCCCCCCCCCCUCCCCGAGGUUGCGGGACCCGCGUGUCCCUGCUGCGUGUCCCCCCGUGUUCCCCCAACCCCUUUGUGGCAGCCCCGGGUCUGGAUUGUUCUGGCUCUUUGCAGGGUGUCAGCAGGGACGGGGCCCCCCCAUGCUGAGCCCCCCCCGUGCUGAGCCAGGCCCCUCACCCCGGCCCCGCUGACUCACCCCACGUGCGGGCCGGGCUGCUGAGCUGGCAGGGACACGGGGACAAGGACAGGGGGACAGGGACAGGGGGACAGGGCCUGGCUGACUGCGGGGGGGGCACCUCUGCUCCCUCCCCCUCCGCUCCGCUCCCCCCCAGCCUUUCAUCCCAGCCUUUCAUCUCCCACUCGGGGAUGGAGCCAUGGUCGUCGUGGCAACACUCCGAAGGGUCCUGGCUCGUUGCUAUGGCACCCGGGGAUGCUCUGAGCCCCCUCCCAGACCCCUGCAGCCCCAUUCCAGACCCCUGACCCAUCCCCAACCCCCCUUGCACCCCAGAGGGGGCUUGUUCCAAGCACAGGGCUGUCCCUCCCCGUAGCCCAGGGUGGCAGUGCCAGGGGGGUGGCAGUGCCGGGGGGGUUGGCAGUGCCGGGGGGGCAGGAGGUGCCCCCACCUUGGGCAUCCUCGGCGCUUGCCUGGGCGCUGCAGCUGCGCCAUGGCCAUUGGGGAGGAGCUGCGGCGUGGGUGUUUCUGGCAGGGGGUGCUGGCAGAGGCAGCAGCAACCUUCAUCUUCGUAGUGAUGGUGCUGGGGGCUUCGACAGCCCCCGGGCCCCUGGCUCCAGCACUGGCUGGGGGGCUGGUGGCCGGGGGGCUGGCCUGUUCCCUUGGGACACCCCAGGCCAACCCAGCACUCACCCUGGCCCUGCUCUGCACCCGCAAGAUGGGUGCCCUGCAGGGGGCUGCGGGGCUGCUGGCUCAAUGCGCCGGGGCCACCGCGGCCGCUGCUGCUGCCCGCAUGGUGCUGCCGGAUGACACCGGCCUGGUCACCAGGGUGAGCACGGUGGGGACACCAGGGCAGGCCCUGGCCUGGGAGACCCUUGCCACCUUCCAGCUGGCUCUGGUCACCUUCGCCACCUCCGACCACGCAGCCCCCCAGGGUGGGCUGGCCCUGGGCAGUGCCGUGGCUGCCGGUGCCCUGGCCGCGGGGCCGUUCUCAGGGGGCAGCAUGAACCCUGCGCGCUCGCUGGGACCAGCCAUUGUCACCGGCGUCUGGGAUGACCACUGGGUGUACUGGCUGGGGCCGGUGCUGGGUGCAGUGCUUGCAGGGUUCUCCUACGAGUUCAUCUUGGCCCCCAGUGCCUCCCGGGAGAAGUUGGGUGCCUGCCUUGCCUGCCGGGAUGUGGCACUGGUGGAGACCACCAGCACAUCCCCCUCCUCACCCUCUGCCCAUGCCCCCCUGCCCCCCCCAGCCAAGCAGGGCCGGGGUGCAGCCUGAGCCCCUCAGACCCCUGCAGAGGUGGCCCCAACACCAUGUGCCCCCCCCAGCCCAGCCCCCUCUGUGGGGCACCCAGGGCAUGGACCCCCCAGGCAGAGUAGGGUGCAAUGGGGGGGGUCUCA